AGGAAACUCACUGUCAAGCAACACCUGGACAACCCCCCGGGCAGAAAUGGCUCCAGGGUCAUGGUUUCCUCCUCUCCUCAUGGCUGUGAUCACCCUGGCACUGCAGUGGCCCCAGGAAGCUGCCACCUUCCCAGCCAUGCCCCUUUCCAACCUGUUUGCCAACGCGGUGCUGAGGGCUCAGCACCUUCACCUCCUGGCUGCUGAGACAUACAAAGAGUUCGAACGUACCUACAUUCCAGAGGACCAAAGACACACCAACAAAAAUUCCCAGGCAUUUUGUUACUCCGAAACCAUCCCUGCUCCCACAGGGAAGGAUGAUGCCCAGCAGAAAUCGGACAUGGAGCUGCUUCGGUUUUCGCUGGUGCUGAUCCAAUCCUGGCUGACCCCGGUGCAAUACCUGAGCAAGGUGUUCACAAACAACCUGGUUUUUGGCACCUCAGACAGAGUGUAUGAAAAACUAAAGGACCUGGAAGAAGGGAUCCAGGCUCUGAUGAGGGAGCUGGAGGACCGGAGCCCGCGGGGUCCCCAGGUCCUCAAACCCACCUACGACAGAUUCGACCUCCACCCGCGCACCGAGGAUGCCCUGCAGAAGAACUACGGCUUGCUCUCCUGCUUCAAGAAGGACCUGCACAAGGUGGAGACCUAUCUGAAGGUGAUGAAGUGCCGGCGCUACGGGGAGGGAAACUGCCCCGUCUGAUGCCCCCCACCCACCCCAGGACACCCCAAAACCCGCCCCGGCCGCCCCGCUCCUUGUAACGAGAACUGGAGAAUAAACCUGCUGCCUGCCCA